GUCUAGUCGAGGAAAGACGGUCCUUAUAUAUAUGCCAAUUCUGAUUCACGAAGCCUAAACUUCGCAAGGAAUAAGUGAAACCGAAUAAAGAUUAUUAAUUUAGAUGAUACCAUCUGGGAGAGCCCUACUUAUCAGACUUUCCGUGCAUAAAAUGUAAACUAUUAUUCUAUAUCUAUUAGGGAUUUUUUCUUAGUUUGUUAUAGGCAAUAUUUUGCACUAACGAAGUAGGCCUGCUGCGUUUUGACACAUGGAAUCGUCGGGCUUCGACAACGCUCAUUUUGCACAUUGAAUUUUGGUUUUUAAUAGGAUAUCAACUCCUUUUGCAGAAGCGACAAGUCAGUGGCUCCUGAGACACCAUGUCAGAGAGACAACCAUGGUGGAAGUCCUUCCUGGGGAUCCGGAAGACCCCCGGCCAGAUGGAUGUGACCCUCGAGCCAGACUUCGACCCUUUCAAACCGAAAGGGGUCAAAGACGCAAAGAUGGCUCCGGGUUCCAAGCAUGGAGGUCCCAAGGCCUCGUCACAGACCCAGCCGGGGAAUAAGGAGUCUGGCAGGGACAGCGAUGACGAGACUUACGACGACUCCCACAUGGACUCCGUCUUCAACGAACAGACUUGCCGCAGGAACAUGAGGGUGUCGCGGUCGGGCCGCUUCAAGGAGAAGCGGAGGGUGCGCUCGACCCUGCCCAUCGAGGAGCAGCAGCAGCAGCAGGACAAGAACGGUGCCAGGAAGUAGGACCAGGGGUGACCAUGACGACGACAAUGAUGAUGAUGACGACGGCAAUAAUGAUGAUAAGGUGAAAGAAAAACCUGAAAAAAUUCAAUCGAUCAAAGGCUGAGUGAUUGGUUGGCCUGCACAUGAAGACGUGAUGCACAGCAGACUGUGAUGAUGGUGGUGGUGAAGAGAUGAAGAAGACUUUGCAGGCCAUUGUGGAAGGAAAGAGAGCAGCGAGUGCAUGUGUAAAUUGAAGGAAAGAUCUAUAAAAUAUAUUAUAAAUAUUUGGAAAUACUAUAUGGGGCUAUAUUUGCAUAGGCUAUUUUUGUUGGGUGCCACUGUAAAAUAACAAAAACACCUAAAUGGUAAAUAGAUUUAUUUUGUCCAGUGUUCUGAUAAUGGUUAUUGAACCAUGAAAAAGGAAUAGCAUAAUGGAUGUUUAAAGAGAUUAAAGACAGGUUAGAAAUGAAUGCAUUGAGCACUUCAGAGCCCUGACAGACCACGUGCCCCCCUGGUUCUCACUUUGGGCUAUUUACUGUUUCGUUUGGGGACAUAUCAGCCUUUUCUAUUGCAACUACGUGUAAAAUGAUGAAGGAUUGUGUGUUUAUUUUGAUUCUUUGAUGCUUCCUGAAGUAAUCGCUGAACAAAAUUCGGUCAGUUGACCUUUUAAGGUAGCUUUUGAGGUCCACCAAAUGGUGAAAGUCCAGCCAUUUGUGGCAGUUGACUUUUAAGUUAUAGCGCUGUAAAGCACAUGAUUAUCUGUAGAAGCAGGUUUAUUGUGAAAAUCGUGCAAUGUUCCUCAGCAGCUUUUAAAUGCAUUUAGCAUCGUUUUUACACAGUGAUUCCGUGCCAUUUAAAACAGUUCAAGUGUAUAUUUUAUACUGAUAGCUAUACCAUAAUUGAAGGAUUAAGCAAUAUAUGUUUAUACAUUUUCUCCCUAAGCUAAUACAUUUGAAGUUAGAGCUGAGAAGUGCCAUACUAGACUUUGUCAUCCAAGCAGCUUGAAGAAAUGUUUCGGGUAUUUGUGAUUAGUUUAUUGGUACUUACACAAUUGUAUUCCGAACCAUACCCAUGAUCAAUUAAUGAAGGCAAAACUUACUAAAUAAAUAAAUUAGUAUUUUAUACUCUGUGUGUGUGUGUGUGUGUGUGUGUGUGUGUGUGUGUGUGUGUGUGUGUGUGUGUGUGUGUGUGUGUGUGUGUGUGUGUGUGUGUGUGUGUGUGUGUUUGUGUAUUUAAGACAUAGUGAAGAGUACCAGUACAUUAUAAGUUCAAACAAAGAUUUGAGGAAAACAUGUGUGGAUAUGUGUGUAUGUAUCUUCGUAUGCAUAUGUAUGAUUAUAUAUUCGUGUAAGUUUAUGUUUAUAUUACAAUCCAAAUCACAAUCCACCACAAAAACACAGAAUAGAAUAACUGAGUCAUAAUAUAUGACAGAGAGAAAGGAACGAUCCCAAUUUAGGAAUCCAAUCAAUUCUGAGGAACCAGUAACAAUAAAGAAAGACAAAGACAUAGGAUCGGUCUCCAAUGGGUACGUCCAGCCCAGGGCAACUUGAUCCUGUUCUGUCAUUCAGGAGGCGAGCCUGCUUGUGUCACCACAUUCCUCUCUCUUUGUUGAGGUGUAUGUGUGGGUGUGUGUUUCACUUUCAUGUUUUUUUUAAGACAGGCUAUUAUGCUACAAUGUGACGCAUAGCUUGCCCGAUUUUCAGACUGUACAUUUUACCUGCUACGUAUACCAUAAUGGUUACCCAACAGUGUCUGACAGGUACUUAGUGUACUGCUCAUACCUUCUGAGUCCCGCACCUCCGAAUUACAGGAGGGGUUGACGAGGAGUGUAACGCCAGUCUUCACCACUAGAGGGUAAACACGAUGCACAGUGAUUCUAGAAAAGGAUCAGAAUAAAAUAGAAUCCGAACAGAAUGGAGCAAUAUAUAAUAAAAAUAA